UGAAUGCUUUUCGAUUUGCGUCAGAACCGUGCGCGCUCUCCACACGAACGAACCUCUUUCUUGUUUUCUUCUGCAUGCCUGAGGCGGUAGAUUUUACCGUAUUCUUCAUCAACAUCAGUAGUAGUCGCCGUCGUUGUUGUACGUCUUUUUGAAACAAAACGAAACGAUUUUUAAAAGCAACAAACACACACACACACAAAUUAAAUAAGAAAAAAAUAAUAAUCAAAAAAAUUCGUAUAAAGUUGUGAAAAACACAGAAAAAAAGGUUUAUAAAAUAAUUAAGUGAAUUUAAUAAGCAGAUAUAUCUACCUACAAUUGUUCAGUUAUUAAGAUUUCAACUUAUUAUAUUAGUAGUGAAAGUGUCGACAGUCAUCUUUAAUUUCGUUCAAGGAAUACGGCAAUUUGAAUUUUGUUGCUUUAAAUAGAAUUUGAACCAUUUCUGUGGGCCGCGUGAGCCAACAAACAGCGGUGUGAAAAAUUAACGAAACGUGUGCGAAAGAAAUUAAGCCAAAUACUUCAUAUAAACAAUAGCACAAGCACCAUUGUCCAUACAUCACAAGCGGCAACAUUGAAGAAAAGGUUUUUGUCAUUACGACCAAUGUUUGCAUGAAAAUGAUUUUAUCCCUAAAUACAAGAAAACUGAUAAAGAAACGAAAUACAAUCGUUUAAGGGGUAAAUCUGAAGAGGAACUAUUGGUGUGACAGUUUCCCACAAAACUCAAAGAGUCAAUAAAUUUAUUUGUUACGUUUUAGUAUUAUCUGGAAAAAGUUUGCAAAAUUCAAGAACUGAAAUCCAUUAUCCUCAUUUCAUUGGAUAUCUGUAUACUUAAUAGCUAAAUUCACAUAAAUUCACUUACACACACACACACAUUUACACAACAAUGGGCAAGGACUAUUACAAAACGUUGGGCAUACCCAAAACUGCCACGGAUGAGGAAAUCAAAAAAGCCUACAGAAAACUUGCGCUGCGUUAUCAUCCGGACAAAAAUAAAGCAGCCAAUGCAGAAGAAAAGUUCAAAGAGGUCGCCGAAGCCUAUGAGGUUCUGUCGGAUAAAAAUAAACGUGAAGUCUAUGAUAAAUACGGAGAAGAUGGACUGAAAUCUGGUGGUAGAAGCAAUGGUACAAGUUCGAAUAACACAUUUACAUAUCAGUUCCACGGUGAUCCACGAGCCACAUUUGCCCAAUUCUUUGGCUCCAGCAAUCCCUUCGCAUCGUUCUUUGACAUGAGUGAUAAUCUCUUCGAUAAGAACGUUUUCGAUUUGGACACAGAACAUGACUUCUUCUCAUCACCAUUUGGCGGUUUGGGAUCACGUCACGGUCUCGGUGGUGCUUUUAGACCCUCAUUUAGAUCACAUUCAUUCAAUGUCCAUACACCGUUCAAAAAGGAGAAACAACAGGAUCCACCCGUCGAACAUGAUCUCUAUGUGACAUUGGAAGAAAUCUAUCAUGGCUGUGUGAAAAAAAUGAAAAUCUCAAGGCGUGUACAACAGCCCGAUGGGAGCUCAAAGAAGGAGGACAAAUAUGUGAGCAUAUCGAUAAAGCCGGGCUGGAAGUCCGGCACAAAGGUGACCUUUCAGAAAGAGGGCGAUCAGUCGCCGGGUAAAAUACCUUCGGAUAUUGUGUUCAUUAUACGUGAUAAACCGCAUGCCAUGUUUAAGCGAGAGGGAAGUGAUUUAAGAUAUACAGCCCGCCUUACACUGAAACAGGCCUUGUGUGGUGUGGUGUUUCAAGUUCCUACCAUGUCCGGUGACAAACUGCGCAUCAGUACCAUGCAGGAAAUCAUCAAGCCGAAUACGGUCAAACGUAUUCAGGGCUAUGGUCUGCCCUUCCCCAAGGAUACAUCACGCAAAGGAGAUCUGCUGGUGGCCUUCGACAUACAGUUCCCCGAGAAAUUGACGGCAGCCCAAAAGGAGCUACUCAGGGAUAUGUUAUGAUGUGUGAAUUGCCGCAUGUGUAGAUGGACGAUGCAAGGAUAAACAUUUCGAAUGUGGUCCGCUGCAUCGGCCAUCGGACAAUCGGUCGAACAGUCAGUGAAGUGCCGCCACACCCCCCCCCCCCCCAAGUGUCAAGCAAAAUACUAAAAAAAAAUGUUUUAAUUUAUAAAUCAACAUUAUUAUUAAUUAAUUGAUUAAUUACAAUAAUUUUAUACUAAAAAAAAACAAAAAAAACUCAAACUCAUUAGGAGCAGCAGACUACCCCAAAACGAUAUUGAAGUUGUUUUGAGAAGGUCUUCCUGGAGGACCGAUGCCAUCUCUUGAACUCCUUUGAAAACAACAAAAUAAUUAAAUCAAAUGUACUACAAACCCUUAUAAAAACAAAAGAAACAAAAAAUGUGUUUGUAGUCCUCUUCAGUUCGGUUGCCGCAAACGAAAAGAAAUAAAUUAUGAUAAAAUGCUCACUAACUUAAAAUGAUUGAAAAUGUAA